AGGGCGGGCGGAUGGGCCGCUGAGGGCUGGGAGGCGAUGCUGCUGGUUCUGUCGGAGGAGCACAAGGAGCACCUGGGCUUCCUUCCCCGGGUGGAGGCCCAAGCUGCCCUUGUAUGGACCUCGGCACAUGGCGAUCCUUUGUCAGCGAAUUUGGUCGUAUUGCUGUGGAGUUCUUAAGAAAAGGCACAAACCCCAAAAUCUAUGAAGGAGCAGCAAGAAAGCUUAAUGUUAGUAGUGAGACAAUUCAACAUGGAGUAGAAGGAUUAACAUAUCUUCUCACUGAGAGCGCCAAACUAAUGAUCUCAGAGAUAGAUUUUCAAGACUCCAUACUUGUACUAGGCUUCCCUGAAGAGUUGAAUGCCUUAUUGCUUCAACUAUAUCUUGAUAACCGGAAGGAGAUCCGAAAUAUUCUGAGUGAACUAGCACCAAAACUUCCCAGUUACCACAAUCUUGAAUGGAGACUAGAUGUGCAGCUUGCCAGCAGAAGUCUUAGACAACAGAUUAAGCCAGUAGUGACUCUAAAGCUACACCUUAACCAGAAUGGAAAACAGACCACCCAGAUAUUACAAACUGACCCAGCAACGUUGCUCCAUCUGAUUCAGCAACUGGAACAAGCUUUGGGAGAGAUGAAAACAAAUCACUGUAGACGAAUAGUACGCAACAUCAAAUAGCAUUGUCAUCUGAGUAAAUUGACAGAAUUAUUGGCCUGUUACAGACUGCCCAAAUAAAGCUGCUUCGGGUCUCUUUGAAGUUAUGCUAUUUAAAUGAUGCAUGGGUCCUAAAAGUCCGGAA